AUGAGACCAGCCCGACUACUGCCCGAUUGCCCUCCCACGCAUCAGCAGCAACAGCAACGGCAACAACAGCGACAGCAGCAGCAGCAGCAGCAACGGCAAAGGCUGCGGCAGGGAAAAGAGUCCGUAUCACGCCAGACAUCGACCGGCGCAAAAUCUAAGGACGUCUACCGCCUUCCCUUAUCGUUAUCCCGUGCGAAGGAGGCCACCCCGAAGUCAUCGACCACGACCACGGAGGAGGUCCCGCGUCCCGCGUGGCACGACCUGCGAGUGCAACGUAUCGCGAGUGCCGAGCCGACGACGACGACGACGGCGACGACGACGACGACGGUGCGACCGUCGACACGACAACAACGACAACAACGACGACGACGUAACCCCGGUGCGCUCGCGUUCCCGCGUCGGUGCGGUGCGGUGGUGCGGUCAACGGGUGUCGGAUGA